CCCUAGGCGAGUAAGAACGAAGAUUUGUGUCAUUCGAUGUGUCCGAAGGACUGAAUGGUCAUAUUUAGGUUACCUUCAUAACUAAACGUCCUGUUGCGAUCGAGAAAAAACGAUUUACUAGCUUGGUGUUCUAAGGAGGGAGAUGCAGCUUGCUUGAGCAAAGUGCACCAGAAGAAGCCGUGAUGAGUAGCAAGGCUAAAGUGGGAAGCCACAGGAGGCUGUCCACCUACAUGGUGGACAACAUGAAGACAUCCAAGCCAGAGUCAGAGAGGGACUCUGGUUUUUCAGAUGGCAGCUCAGGCUACUUGAGUGCUGUAGACCAGAUGGACUCAGAAGAUGCCGGAAGGCCAGGCAGCCAGGCCCAGGUGGCAGUAAUGACAGGGUCGUACCCCGGCCUCUCCCCGAUGAUCAUCAUGAACAACGUUGUCCUCAAGCAGGUCUGCCAGCCGAAUACACCGACACCAGCACUGAAGCCCUGGGGGUUCCAAUCCGCCCUGGAAAUGCUUCCUCAGCCACAGGUGGUUUUCUUGCAGCCGAUGGUCUCCAACGGUAGCAGUGCCUCGCACAAGAGUGCCCCCAACAAGCGCCGGAAAUCCAGCAGGAAGUAUCUGCCCAUCCUCAAAUCAUACCCCAAAAUUGCCCCUCACCCUGGGGAAAGCCUCUCGGAGAAAGGCGGCUCUGCCCACUCCUCCGGGCAGAGCAGUUUGGCCUCCGGCCAGGAACGGCGCCACCGCCAUCGCCUGAGACGCGACUCUCCGCAGGCAAGCCCGGCCAGUACAGCCGAGCCCUCCGUCACCUCCGCUCCCCCCGCCCCGCCCGUCUCUCCCAGCCGCUGCGGCUCUCUCCCCUCCCCCGGCGUCACGGACGCCCCCUCAGCCGUAAACUCAGCCCCAGCCGCUAACGUCCCGGGGCUGACGCCAUCGCAGCCGCCUUCUACACCCGCCGCUCCAGGCGCCGAGACGGACGCCCUGGCGUCCUGGGCGUGGCCGACGGAGCUGGCCUCCUCCGAUGACGGCAGCUGCCUGGGCAUCCUCUCUGAGAGCCACAGCAAGCAGCAGCGCUUCUGCAACACCUACAACAUCCUCCACCGGUCCGGCUUGCUGGGCAUCACGCUGCGCACCAAGGAUCUGAUCCGGCAGAACCGCCGCACCCAGGGCCAGCUGGAGCAGCUGAAGCGGCACGCCGGGCUGUUCGCGGAGGCUGUACGCAGCGGAGACCCCCAGGUCUGGACUAAGCUGCAGCUGAGCAUGAUGGAGGCCGUCCCUGCUGGAGCGGAGGAGCAGGAGGGCGGGGGGAAGGACACGCUGGACGCACUGCCGUGAGUCUACGGUGUCCGCGGAGUGGACUCCUGGUAGAGGGACGACCCACCAACGAACAAGUGCUCUGUUUAGUCUUAACCCCUUUCUCCGUCUGUUACUGAGUGAUACUGCGAUAGUAGCUUUCACUGUGUUUUCAUGGCUGUUACGGGUCACUAAAUCUGCAAUGGACCUGGAAAAUCUGAAUUUACUUGGCGUAUUUGAUAUAGAACCCAAGACCAUAUUCAGUGCGUAAACGCAAAACAAAAUGCUGUUAAACAAAUUGAUUUGGAAAAUGUGACAUGACUGGGGAUGUCAUGCGCACUGCAGACUGCAGUUGUUCAAUGCUCAGCUCAGGGGUGGGUUUCCCGAAAACGUUGAAUCUUUGCAUUAACAAGUGUGUUAACGCGGUUCUUAAUCUAAAAACGUUCUCAUUAGGUGCGUUUUCCCGAUGUCUUGUUAGACGGACUCAAGGAACAACAAACUUCUUUGCCAUGCACGUUCCUGCUAAACGCAUGACUAGUUGACCAAUCGAUGUGGAGUUUCAUGUAACAUGUUUCUUAGCUAGUCAACGCAGAAAAAAUAAUUUCUAUUAAUUUACGUACCGUGUUAUCAUUAAACUUUAACCGUUUUCAUUCCUAAUGUCUUUGAACUAAAUACAAUGGCUACUAAAUAAAAACUAAUAUAAAACAAGAUUCAACGAAUAAUAAACUAAAUAAUUACUGAACAUACCAACCCUAGGCGUCAUCUAUGAAGUGGUCUGGUGGUAUAGUAUUAGGACGUUACUGUCCUAUGUGUUCUGAUGCACCUUUUGGUUUAGGCGCUUUUCUGAAGUACAGCAACGAUAAUUUAGCCUCUUCUCCACAUUGCAUGGAGGGCAGUGUUUUGGCCUUAUUUAUACAAGUAUGCAGCAAUUUGUUUUACUAAUGGAACGCUGUUAAAUGACUUUUAAUGGCAGUUAAUUGGACUAAAAAUAAUCAAGUUAUCAAUGCGACAUGAUCAUGUUCAAUUUAUUUAAUACAAUGUCAUUCCAAAUCAUAGGCUAUUCCGAUAACUUUUUUAUGAGUAGGCUAUAAAUUUUAUAUUAUGAUAUUUAUUCUCAAUAUAGGUUACAUUAAAAAUAAUUGACUAGGAGGUACUACACUUUUUAGGCCAUUGUAGGCUGUGUUUAUAUGAAUGUAAAGUGCAUGCAUCUUGCCAAAGAGGGCAGCUGCGUGCGGUAUCUUAAAGAGGUUCUUUGCUGUGAACAAGUAAUCUUGAUCGCUCAUAAUUGAAGAGGUAACUAGAGAUACGUUUGCGUUACGAAUGUGUUUGGGAAACCCACGUUUAAGAAGGGUCGUAAGAUGUAUUUAGAGAGGUUCUUACCGUUAAAGGUAUAAUCGGUCAAACCACAACACUGUUUAUGCGCCAUUGGCUGUGGCAAUUAGAACCAAUUUUCAACCAAUGAGCUUGAAUUAUUGUACCGCUGUACAAUGUUUUGGUACAGUGUCGAUGCGUCAACAGUUUAUUUUGAAACCCGAAUUUAAAGACUAUUAACACAGGCAGAGGGUGAGUCAACAUGUCAGUGAGCCCUUUUCAACGAUCGGAAAGGGAUUUACAAUGGUCUUGUAAUAAUGGUUUAACACAAAAAAUAUAUAAUCUUAGCUAUUAUACCUUUAAGAGGCUUUCGGGAAGCCCACCCGGUACAGUUUCCAGGUGAAUUGGAUCGUGUUGAUCAGGCUAAUGAGGACGCAUUCUCUGUGCUUUCCCAUGAAGAUGGGCAGCAGCAGUGAGAGCUGUCACUCAACAGGGCUCAGUCGGUUGUGGUGUUUUCUCUGCAGGGCAAACUCCUGUCCUUGUUUCAUUCAUAGUCUUAAACUGCUGAAUGAGCCUAGUGUAAGCUGUACUAUUUUAGUAGUGCCAUAGGCAGUGUUUUAAAUCUUUAUUUGUAUUAGGUCAAGACCUUAUUCAAGCCUAACAUAUUUAUUUGUUGCGUCUUGCUCUUGCACAUCUUGUAGAAGAAUAUCUCCAUUCAGCAUCCAACUAAGUUGGAUUCAGCAUCAACAUUACAACUAAUUGAAUAGUUCCUGUGGCAUCUUAUUCUAGCUGAAAAGCAACAAAAAGUUAGUGGGAUUUUGAAGAGAAGCUUUUGUUUUCUGUUGAGAGCUAUGGCUUUUUCUUUUUCUUUUCUUUUUUUCUUUUCUUUUUUAACCCACAGUUUGUCCAACUGGCAAAGCCAUUAUCGUAUCAGCAAGUGCAGUGAUUUCAGCUUAUGUAAGCAAGUGAUAUAUUUGUGAAUUUGGUGAACUAUCUUUAAUAGUUGUGAAUAGAAUGACUGUGUGUGUGUGUGUGUGUGUAAAGUGUUUGCACCUUUUCAACAUGUUUACUAUUUUUAGACUGCUUUUGUAGCAGUUCAUCUGUCCCUGAAGAUACUUCUAAUGACCCGCCUUAUGAACUGUGCAGUCACUAAGCAAAUGCAUAUCAAAUGUAAGCUAAGCACACACCAGUGGUAAAGGUGACCGUGAAAGAGAGUGGAAAUGGCAACGCUUCAUUUAAAAAUGAAAAACAUUUGAGAGCAUACUCAGCCUAUUCUACUUUUAUUGAAGUCAUUUACAAGUGCCAGUUACUAAAGCAACAUGAAUUAAAUUCUGAACUCUUGCAGGAUAAUAAGGAGUUUGCUUUGCCAUCAUGGUUUAAAACCUUAGCAUGCAUACAUUUAUCAAAAAUCUUUUUGGAUUUAGUGUGAUUAUUUGUCUUUGUUAGGAAAGUUGUGCCCUGUGAUGAUAUGCCUUUUGAAUUCAGAAGGGUCAUUUGACUGACUGUAAAACUGUAAUUUGCUGCCCAUUGAAAGAUUUUUUAAUUUAUUUUGUAUUUAUUUUUUUGGUUCCCCCUGAUUGUGCUCCCGUGUUUAACACUAUUUCACAUGCACGAGGAGCUAUGUUUUUAGGUUUGAGUUUAGGUUCUCUUCUCUGGCAUGCCAUUGAAUAGCAGUGUAAGGAAUCAAUUUACAUCCUAUAUACAUUUAUGUCCAUAAAUGUAAUGCAACCUCCCCAUCAUGGUUUGUAGAGUGGGGGGUGAAAGAUUUAAGUUUUAGGAGUCUGAGUCUCCAUUUCAGCUGGUAUGGACCAUGACUCUUAAACUGGUUUAAUGUGAAAGCCGAAGGUGUGUCCAUUGUAAUGGAGGGGUGCUGCACUCCCUUAUAGACCCACCCCUGUAGGGUAUUACUCUGUUUAAAUGGCAGCCAGGGUUUCUGAUCUGUAGCUGAAUUCAUCAUUUACAAUGUCAUGAUAAUGUAAUUUAUCAUUUACUAUUGCUCUGGAAUAGUAACAUGUAAGCUUCUUAAGUUUUCAUUUUUCAUUUUGUUUCAUAUUGAAGAGUUUUGAAAGUUUUUGAAAACAACAAGUCGUUUCCCCUGUGUGCCACUGUAAAUUAUGUGUUCCUAAAAUGUGACUUUUGUGAAUAUAAUCUAUAAGACAAUGGUGCUCAAAUGGCACACGUUUAGUGUGUGUGUGUGUGUGUGUGUGUGAGUGUGUGAGUGUGUGAGUGUGUGAGUGUGUGAGUGUGUGAGUGUGUGAGUGUGUGAGUGUGUGUGUGUGUGAGUUGCUUCUGGUAUUUGAUCACCUUCUAGACUAGACAGAACUUGAGCUACUACCUUUCUGUACUUUUGUGCACAGCAGUGGCAAAAUGAAAGUGAGCACAUUUCUGCAGAUCACUGUAACAUGCCACAUUUUGCUCUGCAGAAGUAACUAAUGGGUGUUGUGAACUGCACUGGGUCGCUGAGAUUUACAUUUAAUAUUAUUUUUUGUAGCCUACCCUCUCGCUCUUUCAGUUUAACCAGGAUUGUGUUUUUUUCCUUUACUUGAGCAACAUAUUUACAAUAGUAGUUUAAUUACGCAGAGUUAAUGGCAAAGGUCAUUGCUUGAUAGAUUGAGUGCCCUCUAUCAUGCUUGCCUGCGUGUAUGGUUUUUGUAUCAGCAAGGCAGCACUACUCAAACAUGUUCUGCGGGCAGCAGUGUCUACGGGUUUAGCACGGUUGAAGUAAAUACUUGCUGACACUGUGGCCCGCAGGAUGUGAAGCUGAGUGGCGCUGUAGUAAGGUAUUGCAUCCUAGUGGAAUUUAAUUUCCAAAAAAAAAAAAGCAUGUGGCUAAGGUAGGGACAUCCUGCUGUAAGGAGUAGCUUGUCUAAAUAAUUGUUGGAUAGUUGUAGCACAGUAGCUAUUUUUGUUUGGUUUAGAGAACUUAAGUCACAAUAGCUAAGAAACAUACCGUGUUCUCAUAGCAGUGCCUCACGAUUUUAACAGUUUUCCCUGUUAUUUACAGUCCUAUACUACUGAGCACUGACUUUACGGAUAUGGAUUAUUUUACUCUCCAUAAGGAACCUCAGAAACAUGUUUGAUGUGAUUUAAAGGUGAUUGGCAAGAACAUUUCAUUUAAGCUCAAACGAUCAAUGUGUAGCUCAUUAAUCUAAUGUAAAUCUGAUGCGUUUUAAAGCGUUGACAUUCAAACAUGCUGAACUUCUAGGUAAUUUAGGACAUGGGUAUUUAUAAAUUUCUUAUUGGCUCUGUAGUUCAUUAAGUGUUUUCAGUUCAUUUUUGUUUUGCACUAGGCAUUAUUUUGGUUGGAAAGAUUUACUGUUGAUAUGUCACCAAAAAAGAGGGUGAAAAAAAGAAAUUGAAGUCUAAUGAAUAACUUGCACCAUGAAAUGGUUGAAUGAGAAGCUAUGCAACAUUCGGAAUUGACAAGAUGGCACAACUAUACAUUCUUUAUAAUUUCUAGUUUGCUGAAGUGCUCCUUUUUUGUACUUUUUUAAUAGACCAUUUGCAUUGACAUGUUUGCUUAAUAAACAUCUUUUUUUCUUUAAA